CCCCGCGGCGUCCGGCCGGCAAGAUGGUGGCGCGCAGGAGGAAGCGCGCGGCGCGGGGCUCAGAGGAGGGCCUUACGAGCCCGCCGGGCUACUCAGCCAUUCCGAUCAAGUUCUCUGAAAAGCAGCAGGCUUCUCAUUACCUCUAUGUGAGAGGGCACCGAGUUCGAGAAGGCACCAAGUCUUCCUGGCCUCAGAAGCGGACCCUUUUUGUCCUCAAUGUGCCUCCAUAUUGCACAGAGGAGUGCCUGUCCCGCCUCCUGUCCCCCUGCGGCCCCGUCCAGUCUGUGGAGUUACAGGAGAAGCCGGACCUUGCCGAGACCACAAAGGAGCCCAAGUCGAAGUUUUUUCACCCCAAGCCGGUUCCGGGGUUCCAGGUAGCCUACGUGGUGUUCCAGAAGCCAGGGGGGGUGUCAGCUGCCUUGGCCUUGAAGGGCCCCCUGCUGGUCUCGACAGAGAGUCACCCUGUGAAGAGCGGCGUUCACAAGUGGAUCCGUGACUACAGAGACUCCGUGCUGGACCCCGAGGCCCUGAGGGUCGAGGUGGACACGUUCAUGGAGACCUAUGACAAGAAGAUGGCUGAGGAGGAGGCUAAGGCCCAGGAGGAGGAAGGGGUCCCGGACGAGGAGGGCUGGGUGAAGGUGACCCGCCGGGGCCGGCGGCCCGUGCUCCCCCGGACGGAGGCAGCCAGCCUGCGGGUGCUGGAGCGGGAGAAACGGAAGCGCGCCCGCAAGGAGCUGCUCAACUUCUACGCCUGGCAGCACCGCGAGACCAAGAUGGAGCAUCUAGCACAGCUGCGCAAGAAGUUCGAGGAGGACAAGCAGAGGAUUGAACUGAUGCGGGCCCAACGCAAAUUCCGCCCUUACUGAGCUGCACUGGCCCACGGGCCCCACGGAGAGGGGUAGUGAACGGGUGGCCUGGCCAGUGCGGACAUGAGGGCCUGGAAUGCUCGUCUCAGAGGCUGUGCCCAGGCCGAGGGGCCACCACAUCAGACAGCCCCAAAGAUCUGAGCCACACGGGGUGGGGUGAAGGACUCUGUCACCCCUCUGUUCUGGUGCUUGGGGCCCCGUGCUGUGGAGGCCUGCCCAGCGUGAGGACUUGGCCCUCAGGAAGCUGCCGGCCCAGGAGUGGCUCCUUCCCUCUCCUCGUCUGUUCCCAGCCUGGCUCUGGACUCUCCUCUCAAGGCUGUGUCUGCUGUGUUCUCCCCUUGCCCUCAGUGGAAAACCCCCGCUGCAGUGAAACAGCCUCCAGAGCAGUGAGAAUACAAGAAUGAUUUCUCUUUCA